AUGUGGGUCACGGUAGGCUUCCUGUGCUGCCUGACCAUCGGAAGUCUGCCUUGGAUGCUCUGCUUUUGCCCUUCUCAAUGCAGCUGCUCCUUCUACAGCAUCAAUGAAAGGAUGAGAGCCAGGGCUAUUUUGUGCAAUGACCCGGAGAUGACCCUCACGCCUGUCAAUUUUCCAGGAGACACUUUCAAACUUAGGAUAGAAAAAACAGCAAUCCGAAGAGUUCCUGGGGAAUCUUUCCAUUCUCUUCACAACCUGGAGUUCCUCUGGAUGCCCUACAAUGCCUUGGCGAGCCUCCGAGGGAAUACCUUUAGGGGCCUGUACCAGCUUCAGGAGCUCAGACUGGCGGGCAAUGUCCUUACUUCUUUUCCAUGGGAAACUCUUUCCAACAUGCCUCACUUGAGGUUGCUGGAUUUGCAUAAUAAUCAGAUCGCUUCCAUACCCUCUCAUGCUGCUCAGUAUAUCCGGAACAUUACUUAUCUCGACAUCUCAAGCAAUAAUCUGAUGAUGCUCCCUCAAGAACUCAUUGUUGUCUGGUCGAAUCUUCAAGCUGUUCCAUACUUCCUUAAUGACCAUUCCAAGAUUAUCCUAGGCCUACAGGACAACCCCUGGACGUGUGACUGCAGCGUCUAUGAAAUGGCUCAUUUCCUCAACUUCCAGUCCCCCAACGUAGCCUUCAUCGAGCCAAAGCUGAGAUGCUUCAACCCUGAAAAGCAGACUAGACUCUUCUUCAGUCAAGUGGAGCUGAGGAAGUGCCAGAGCCCCAUUGUCUACACCUCGAUGGCUAAAGUGAAGAGUAUCCUGGGAAGCACAGUUCUGUUGCGGUGUGGGGCCACGGGGGUGCCCACUCCAGAGCUGAGCUGGAGGAGAGCGGACGGGAAACCAUUUAAUGGAACAGUACAUCAAGAAAUUUCCAGUGAUGGAAUAAGAUGGUCUAUUUUAGAACUUUCAGUUGUCUCUUACCUUGACUCUGGAGAAUACAUCUGCAAGGCUGCAAACUUUCUUGGAGCCACUGAAGCUUUUAUCUCCUUGAUUGUCACUGAUUCUAAGAGCAUAGACGAUCCUGGGGCAGAUUUGAAAGGAGUAUGGAAAGGACACAUCAAGGGGAUAGAAACAGCAGCUUACAAGGACAAUUUGGUAGGAGGACACAUCAUGACAACUUCAACAUUUCCGACUUUGCGCAUUAUUUUAGGUCAGGCCAACACAGAGAAGAAUCUGGUGCUGCGAGAUCAGGCCCUAAAUAUGAAAAGCGACCCCAAAAAUAUUUUAGCAAGUCUGCCCACUACUAGCCCAGAAUCCAAAUGCCUGGUGAGGUCAGUCAGGGUAAUUGGAGACACCGAUCACAGUGUCUCCUUGGCUUGGAAAGCUCCUCAGGCCAACAAUGGCACCACGUUCAGCAUCCUUUAUGCCAUCUUUGGAGAAAGAGACAUGCGCAGAAUCAAUGUGGAGCCAAAGAAGACCAGGACCACCAUCAACGGUUUGAUGCCCAAGACCAAAUACAUUGCAUGUGUCUGCGUGAAGGGACUCAUACCCAAGAAGGAACAGUGCAUCAUUUUCUCAACAGAUGAAGUCGCCAGCGCUGGUGGAACCCAAAAACUGAUCAACGUGGUGGUCAUUAGUGUGGCCUGUGUCAUCGCUGUCCCCCUCACCCUGGUGGUCUGUUGUGGGGCCCUGAAGAGACGCUGCAGAAAACACUUUGUUCAGAAACCCAAAGACAUUCAGGAUUCUUACGUCACUUUUGAAGUCAUCUCUCCAGGAACCAAAAUGAAGGAGACAGGAGGAGAAUAUUUAAGUCACCACAUCCCCGAUGAGUCGAAUAGGUUACUCUCAUCAAGGUCCAGUGUGGACUCUGAAGCUGUUGCAAAGGCAGAUGGACAGCUGAACGAGUUCUUCUGCUGA